AGUCACUUGAACCGUCCAUGCGACGGGCAUUCACCACAUCUGUGCUCGGCAUCCACACAGUCUAUGCUACGCCGCAAUGAAUAAACCCAACUAAGGAUAGCAGUACUGUUGUUGGGUAUGAACAGGGUUUGCUGCUGUAAAAUCUCAGACCGCAACUCAAAUGCAGUUGUUCUACGAUUUUGGUAGGGAGUGUCAUUUGGCCUUCUUGGGGUGCCUUGCUAUCUGACUGAUUGCGUUCUCUUCCACUGACGAUGUCAGCAGACACGGUACGAUCGGCGACAAGAUCAUUCUCGCCAUGUAUCACUUCCUAUUGAAUCCAUACCCUUCUACCCCCAGCGCUCCUCUCCUCACGGGGGUGCCGUCGCCUGGAAACCACCUCGUACACUACUUACCGGAACUGAUGCCGGCACCAGCCAACGGAACAACGAUCACGAUCGUCCUCGACAAUCUCGCAUAUGGUUUCCAUGCGAUCCUACCUCCACAUUCCCUGUUUGUUCUGCUCAUGCGUCUGCUCGAGGCAUUCGACCAUCUCCGGGUGGCACUUGUCAAUGCAGAAGCACGCAUCAUAGGCGGGAGCGUCCUUAUCAUACAUGAAGGUAACUGGGUACGUGCAGAAACGGCUGUGUGGAGACCAGAAGGCAUCUCUGUAUUGAACGACAAGCCUACCGCUUCUGACGAAUUUGGCUUGGGUCGGAAGGAAGCCGUGGCCUUGUACGAAGAAGAUGAAGAUGAGGAUAAGAUCACUGUCGAACUAGACGAACAUGGACCUCUGGACGGCGUUGUCGCAACGAGUCCUGUCGUCGAGUGCUUUGAAGACAACGAUGACGAAGACGAGGCUGAGGAGGAUGACUCUCCCCUGUUCGCACUCUCCUUGAUAGACUUUGCACAUACACGACUCGCGCCUGGAUAG